AUGUCCUCUGAAGAAUCACGAUCGAAAUCUAUUAACAAGAUGAGCGUUACUGAGCUCAAGGAAUAUCUUGCAAAUCGUGGUGUAAGUGUGAGUGGAUACUUAAAACCUGCAUUAGUAGAGAUAGCAACUGCUGUAAAUAAAAUGAUGCUUCCUCUAAAUCCAAAUUUUGAAGAAAAGAAUACUUUGGAGAAUGAAAAGUUUUAUAUUGAUGAUAUGGAGAUUAGAAAUCCGUUUACUUCGCAACACAAGCUUGUAAAUAACUUCUCUGAUUCUCCGCCAUUUGGGUUGUAUGAUAUCUUUAAUUACCUUAUUCACCAUUCAACCGAAUACGAUAAACAAGGUUUGGCAGCAUACAAGUCAUUAGAUGAAUAUCGCCUUUUCCAGGACGGAUAUGUUGAAUCUCUGCUAACUGAGACUUUGUCAAACGAAAGACUUCAUCUGUAUAUGGGUAAAGUCAAGCCAGCUAUGAAAGACAAGACGGACGAAGGGAAAUCGUACUAUGACUGCUGGUUUAUACUUGAAGGUAAAGGGGCCAACCGAGGGAGUGUUGUCAAAGCUAGAUGUCGUUGUAAAGGGGGUCGCGAUGGUGGCUGCAAGCAUAUUGCUGCAGCCAUGUAUUCCCUAGAGGAUUUACUGAAUACCCAUGACGAGGACAGCCCGACUAAUAUGCCAUGUAUAUGGACCAAGAAACCAACCGUUGACAGCAGACCUUGUGAUGUGAAAGAUCUACUAAUUGCCCAUUGUGAUUUACCUUUAAAAAAACCCAAGAGCGAACAUGUUUAUAAUGAACACAUAGUCAUGGAUUUAAGGCAUAAAGAUGACCAGGUUCCCCCGACAAAUGAAUCUUUAAGGCAGUUCACAUAUUCUUUGGAAACAAGUGGUUGCAACCCAGCAAUUUUGCCAUUACUGGCCAAGUUAUAUGGUAAUCCUAAUUGCCCUAUUAUUAAAAAUGAUAUUGAAAAUGAUGAUGUAAUAAAUUUGAAUGAAAGUGGAAAUAAAUUAACUUCUGCAAAUGGAAUCCUGAAGGAAAAGGUCAAUAUGCUCUGUGAACAAUUGGGUCCUGAAUGUCAUGCUGAAGCUGCAAUCAACGAUGUUCUUACUAAUUUGUCUCAUAGCCAGGAAGAAGUUGACCAUGUAAAUGAAUUGACCAUUGAGCAAUGGAAGUGUGAUGAAUGGUACAAGCAGAAAGAAGGUUUCAUAACUGGCUCAAUCGCACAUAGAGUUUUGAGUAUGCAGAACAGCCUGGAUAAAGGCAAGCAGAGAAACGUUACCUCAUUAGUGAAAACAAUCACCUGUCAAAAACCCAUAGUGAAAAAAACUGUUUCAGAAACUGCAACAAAUCCCAGAGAUUGGGGUUUGAAACAUGAAAAUAGUGCACGCCAGAGCUAUUACAAGGUGGAAUGCAAAAAACAUUGCAAGUUAUCCCUUGUAUCCAAAGGAUUGUUAAUUUCUAAGAAAAAACCUUAUGUAGCUGCCAGUACAGAUAACAUUCGCUCCUGUAGUUGUGCAGAAAACUGUCCAGAUGUUGUUGUUGAGUACAAGUGUCCUUGGAAGCAUCGAACAAUUCCAGUGAAAGAAGCAUUUCUAACACCUGAAAUAGGUGGGGAACAAGUUGGAGAUAAGUUGUAUCUGAAGACAUCUAGCCGCUAUUAUUUGCAAAUUCAAUUGCAAAUGUUUGUUACUGAAUUAAAAAGUUGUGACUUUGUAGUAUGGACAGAAAAAGGCAUUCUUUCCAUCAAUGUGCCAUACAAUGCCAAAUAUAUGAAAAGUGCUCUUCAAAAGCUUGAACAGUUUUGGAUGAAGCAUGUCUUACCAUUUAUGGUUCAAACAAUGCAAACAGAUCACCCAAAAGCAGGUAAAUUUUACAUUUUAUUUUCAUUUUGUCUACAUAAUCAGGGUCUGGAAUUUGUAGCAUCCCAAUAUCAGAAAUUUAGUUUACACUAUAUACCAAACUGUUGAAAACUUGUUCCUUGUUAAUCACCUGUGAUCAGUCCAAUGCAGUGCACCCCUAAAAUUUAUAUUAAAUAUUUCAUUUUAAGAAUCUAUGGAUGUUGAUAUAUGCAAUUAUGAAUAUACCCUUCAACAUAAUGACAAUGAUUCCCCUCAACCUAAUGAAAAUGAUGCCCCUCUACUUAAUCGCAGUGAUCCCCUUCUACGCGAUGACAAUUAUUCUCCUCAGCCCAAUGAUAAUGUUGCUCCUCAGCCAAAUGACACCCCUCAACACAAUAUUGAUGGCAUGACCCCUCAACCUAAUAUUAUUGCUGUCAGUGAAGAUGCAUACAGAAACACUUCCAAGUCCACUGCCAGACAGCAAUUGUCAAUUAAAUACAAUGGUGUUGAUAUUUACCAAUCUUGCAUUAACACACUUAGACCUCAAGGACUCUUGAAUGACAACAUUGUAUCAGCUUUGAUGGAGUAAGUGACACAUAAUAAUUAUGUAUUCAUGACUGACAGAACAACAUUUAGAGUGGGCUAACAAAUGUGUAAUUAACUCGAUCCAUUAACUCUCUCCUUGACGAGUAAAAUCAUCUGAGAGUAAACAAUAGAGUAGGGUGCAUCAAGGUUCAUUGCCACUUAAAGGGUUAAUUCACUUAUAAAUGACUGUUAAUUUCUCAUUUUAUUUUUACCCAUUUUUUUACCAACUGGGGGACUGCAGCUUCCAUUAGGCCCCCAUACUCAGCCUGAAAAGAACAAAAUUUAACUGAAUAAACGUUGAAUUAACCCUUUAAUCAAGUGGCAAUGCACCCCACUUUAUUAUUUUACUCUGUCUAAUGCCAGAUGAUUUUACUUGUCAGGGGGGGGAGGGGUGCUGCCACUCAAUGGGCUAAGCUAGCAAUUUUUUUUCAGGGAUUUAAAUUGCCAUUUUACAAUCGUGAGCACAUUUUUCUAUACUGUGCUUUGUGGUGAACAAGAAGGACGGAAGCAAUUGUCACAGUUAGUAAAUUUUUAUCAGAUGAUACAAUACUAAUGUAAAAUAUGUAUUGGUAACUUAGUGGAGAAUCAGGGUUAAGUACCUGGGACAGAAAUUUGUUUUUGAUUUCCUAGAACUGAAAGAAAUGGAAAAGCAGAGAUGUUUGUUCCACCAACACUCAUGGAUGAUGAUUACAUAUUUAUUCCCAUUAACAGAAGGUAUAUAAUCAGUGAUGUAGUCAGAAUUUCUGGUCAAAGGGGGGGGGGAGGCAGGGAGAAUUCCAGGAGGGGCCUAUGGCUCAAAUGUAUCUAUUUAAAUUUUUAUAGCAAACAUUGGUUAUUAGCAGUGAUCACGCCAUGGCAUAUUAUUAUCAUGGAUUCCUUAACAUGGGACGUUAAUUUAAGAAAGCAUGAAACUAGUUACAUUUUAAGGUUUGUGCUUUAAUUAAGCUAAAUUGGUGUAACUUUACUAUAGUCAUGUUUGAAGCUUUCUCAAUGCAUUGUAUUUUUUCCUUUUAAUUAUAGCUACUGGGAACAUCUCUCCACCAAGUUCAAUUUACAACAAACGCAUUUGAAGCUUUCUUGCAAAGUGUUGAAGGUAUUGGUCUGACAUUAAUUGUUGACUUAUAACAAGUAAUAAGCAAUACGUACUGAAGUCUGUUUAAUCCAUGAAUUUUUUAAAGCAAUGGUGUAAGUUUGUAUGAUGCACCCUACAUUAUUAUUCCACCCUGCCUAAUGACAGACAAUGAAAUUAAUGAUUUUCAGGUACCACAGCAGCCACUUACAAGUAACAACUGUGGAAUUUACAUCUCAUUAUUUUUAAAGUAUUUUCUGCAGGUAUAGUAAUGGGGCCAGUUGUUCAGAGCUGGGUUAGUUUAACCCUAUGUUAACUUAAAAUUCAAAGCAAACUUGCUCACAGCUUGUCUAUAAAUUUGGAAGUGUUUCUUCAGAGAUCUUGUCUGGAUCGAUAAGAGUUUACUUCUCUGAAGUUUUGAAAUAAACAGACGUGUAUAAAUACACAAACUAAAACAGCUGGUUAAAUUUUAACACAGGGUUAGCACUAAUCCACCUUUGAACAACCGGCCCAUGGUUGAUAUAUAUAAUGAUAUAUUCAAUAAGUUACUUUGUAUUAAUUGAAAUACUUUCUUUUCACACUUUUUAGGAACUGGAAGAUUAUGAAUCUGAACCUGAUAAUUAUUGUUGCAUUGUACACAAUUGGUUUGAGCCACAAGAAGCUGAGGAAAAACGCACUACUCUAAGACACAAUUUGCAAACGCUUUUAACAAUGAAGAGACAUAAAAUGCAAUUUAAAUAA